CCUCGCUCGCUGCCCACCGACUGGAGAGCGCCUACUGCCCCCCUCCAUUUUCCCGCCUUUCCCCUCCACGCCCCUGCCGCUGUUUCCUGACACCUUCGCCUAUCCUGGCUCCUCCUCCUCCUCCUCCUCCUGGCUGUCGCGCACCGCUCCUGUCUCCGCGCCUCCUUUGCCCGGGCAGGGGGGCAGCCCCGGGGCAUUCUUUUAUUUAUUUUUUUUAUUUUUUGCCCCCCGGUUUCCUCCUUGGAGACUGGCUAAUCUUUAACUCGGCGCUGCUGCCAGAGCCGGUCCAAGUUCCGAAGUCUCUUGCGCGCGAGGGGACCGACGGCCGCCUGCUUCUGCUUCGCCUCUGCGUCGGCUGCUUGGAAGCUGCCUCCAGCCUCCCGCGAUGAAGACUGUGGCAAAAUAUCUGCUGGGAUUUCUUGCAGUCGCAGUUCUCAUUACCGCCAUUGCUGUUCCUGUAGCUUUAUUGACAAAGCAAAAUAAUCCUACAUCUGACUCUCGCAAGACAUUUACUCUAGAGGAUUACUUGGAAGACAGUUUUCAAUACAAAUCAUACAAUUUGAAGUGGAUUUCAGGAAACCAAUAUCUCUACGUAAGGCAGAGCAAUGUCUUUCUCGUCAAUGUUGAUAACGGAAAUAUCUCUGAAAUCCUCACAAAUGAUACAUUAGCUACUUACAGUGCUUCUGAAGCAAUACUGUCAGCAGAUCAAAAAUUUGCUCUUCUGCGAUAUGAUUACAAAAAGGUGUGGCGUCAUUCAUACAAUGCAUCAUAUGUCGUCUAUGAUUUGGGAACUAGUGCUACAAUAAAUGACUCACUUCCUAAGGAUAUCCAGUUCAUAUCCUGGUCACCUGUUGGUCACAAACUGGCCUAUGUUUUGAACAACGAUCUUUAUGUCAAAGAAACACCAGCUACACCCAGUGUACGGAUAACCAUGAAUGGGAAAGAAAACACAAUUUUUAAUGGAUUAGCAGACUGGGUUUAUGAAGAGGAAAUGUUUGGCACCCAUGCUGCUCUGUGGUGGUCUCCAAAUGGCAGCUUUUUAGCAUAUGCAGAGAUUAACGAUACUGACGUCCCUGUGAUUGAGUAUUCGUUUUAUGCAGAAGACACGCUGCAGUACCCAAAGACCAUAAGAAUACCAUAUCCUAAGGCAGGUGCUAUAAAUCCAACUAUAAGACUAUUUGUAGUGAAUACUGAAUCUCUUUCCAACAUCAGUUCCAUUGAAAUUUCUGCACCGUCUAACAUACUUUCAGGGGAUCACUACCUCAGUGUUGUAACUUGGGUGACUGAUGAGAGAAUCUGUCUACAGUGGCUAAAAAGGAUACAGAAUUUUUCAGUUCUUACUAUCUGUGACUACUCUAGAGAGAAUGGAAUGUGGCAGUGUCCACGAGAAAAAGAGCAUGUAGAAGAGAGUACAACUGGUUGGAUUGGCAGAUUUCAGCCUUCUGAACCUUACUUUGCAUUUGACAACACCAGCUUUUACAAAAUUUUAAGUGAUGAAGAAGGUUAUAAGCACAUCCAUUAUAUCAACAGCACAGGAACAAAGAAAAGUAUUACAAGCGGAAAAUGGGAGGUAAUCAGCAUAGCUGCUGUAACUAAUGAUUUUCUAUAUUUCAUCAGUAAUCAGUUUGAAGGCAAGCCAGGUGGAAGAAAUCUUUAUAAAGUGGACUUUGGAACUGGCUCGACAAAAUGCAUCACUUGUAAUCUAUACGAAGAAAGAUGUCAGUAUUAUUCUGCCUCCUUCAGCACAGACGCAAGAUAUUAUAAACUGAAUUGCCAUGGUCCCGGCCUGCCCUAUUUCAUCUUGCAGAACAGCAGUACAGAUAAGGCUAUUUCAAUAUUGGAAGACAAUCAGGACCUUGAUAAUACGUUGAAGAAUAUCCAGAUGCCCUCCAAAACAGUCAGGAGCAUUAGACUGCAUGGCGAGACAUUCUGGUACCAGAUGAUCUUACCUCCUCAUUUUGAUGAAUCAAAGCAAUAUCCUCUACUCAUUGAUGUGUAUGGAGGACCCUGUAGUCAGAAAGUUGAUUUUGCCUUUCGAAUCAGUUGGGCUACAUAUCUUGCAAGCACGGAACAGAUUAUUGUGGCUAGUUUUGAUGGCAGAGGGAGUGGCUAUCAAGGAGAUAAAAUCAUGCACGCAAUAUAUCGAAGGCUUGGAACCUACGAAGUAGAAGAUCAGAUCUUGGCAGCCAGAGAAUUUUCAAAAAUGAACUUUGUUGAUCCAACGAGAAUAGCUAUUUGGGGUUGGUCAUAUGGUGGCUAUGCGACCUCCAUGGUGCUUGGAUCAGGAAGUGGUGUGUUCAAGUGCGGAAUAGCUGUUGCCCCCGUGUCACGCUGGCAAUUUUAUGAUUCAAUAUACACUGAACGUUAUAUGUGUCUUCCUACAGAAGAUGAUAAUCUGCAUAACUAUGAGAAUUCCACUGUUAUGGCCAGAGCUGAGAACUUCCGAGAUGUUGAUUAUCUUCUGAUCCAUGGAACAGCAGAUGACAAUGUUCAUUUUCAGCAAGCAGCCCAGAUCUCAAAAGCUCUGGUUGAUGCAGAAGUGGACUUUCAAGCAAUGUGGUAUACGGAUAAAGACCAUGGCAUUGGAGGCCACGCUCACAGCCAUAUCUACACCCAUAUGAGCCAUUUUAUCAAACAGUGUUUUGCAUUGUCAUAAUCCUUGAGAUAAUAAUUUGCACCUCAUGCCAAGAUUUGUUUUAUGAUGGUCUGAAUAAAAGCACUUUCCCAGUUAAUUGGCUCACUUUGCAUUGCACUGACAAUAAUAGUGAUGUCUGUGGACAUACGAAUGAAGAAAAUAUGCCCACCCCCAACCCCAGCAUUUCACUGCAUAUUGAUCCAUUAAGGAGCCCAAAGCAAGUAUGGGUACAGCUCCAAAGUAUGUGCAUGUGUAUCUCUGUGCUUGAGGAUCUCAAUUUCAAAGAGAGUGGGAUGGGUUUCCACUUCCAAAAUCCUAUGUGCAAAACUCUGGAUAUGGAUAUAUACAAGAUGCAUUGCAGCAGUCUCUUUUUUAAAUACUCAAAUAUUGCUGUUUUGAAAGAAAUAAUGGGGUUUACUUGUUCCAAAUUUGGGGGGGGAUUACUUGAAUCACUUCUUGGUUUGUAUGCAAGUGAAAAUAUUUGUCUAAUGUGAAAUACACUCUUCUACAAGUGUCUUCGUGGAUUGCAACCAAUAUAGGCAAAUAGGUUAUCUGAGUAAGUUCUCCCUAGCAGAAGAGUUGCCUAAAAUAUUUGGAAACUCAUUUAAAAAAUGAAGUCAGGAUGGAAAUUAGGAAAUUCUGUGCCUGAAAGGAGGGGAAACAUUUCAGGUGGCUAAUAUAUUAGUAAUGUCAAGAUUGGUAUUCAGUGGGAGUUAAUUCAAAAACUCCAGUACUCUUAUUGGUUUCUUUUAACACAUCAGAAGUGUGUGGGAAAAUUCUAGAACCAAUAGCUCAUGAUGCAUCCAGAACAUGGCCAUUUUUCUGUGACAGCUCUCUAAAGAUGGAAUUUGUAGCUUUCCAAGUCAUAGUAUCUUGCUUUUUCUAAUCCAGUAAAAGCCAGAUCCUGAUCUUGGUGAUGGCAGAGCACUUCGAGGACUAGGAAUACAUGCUUCUUUUAGUAUCAAAGAGCAGAAAAUUACCAAAAUGUGGUUUUAUGAACCACCAACCAUUACUUUUGAAAGGACCAAACUAUUAGAAAUAUGAAUUAUUAUACAUUUGUGUUUUGAGGUUUUUAAAAAGAUCCAAUUAUGAAAAUUAUUUUGCUGGUUUAGCAAAAUUCUAGAUACCACCAGUUAAGUCUUCUCCUUCCUAAGAACAUCCUUGCAAUGUUAGAUUUUUAAAAAUCUACCUCCCUUUUCUAGCAGUAGCAUGUGGCAGAUCCCCUUCCCACAUUUCCAAAUGGGUGGGUUGGAUCUAGUGCAGUGUUUCCACAGGUGCAAGGACUUCUGCCCUCAGAGCACAGCUUUCUUGGCUCUGUACCCUGCAGCAGCCCAAAAUGGCCCAGGAAUCUUGGGGGGGUGAGUACAAUGAGAAGGAUCUAAGACGUUGUGCUCUGUUGACAGAAGUCCUUGCACCUGUGGAAACACUGCAUUAGAUCCAACCCAUGAUGAGUUGAUUCCAUGAUGUGUGAGUAACAUGUGGUGCUGUCCAUAUGUUUUUUUCCUAUCCAGUUGGGUUUUUUUAACCUUCUAGUGGCAUGCACCAUUUAGGUGGGAAAGACCAUGAGUAUCAAUUAAUGCUUGAUAAUCUCCCUCUUACACACACAAGCAACAUGGGGACACAUCACUGGGAUGUGAAUCCCACUGGACUCUGAGGGGGGGAGGUUGCAGAUGUCAGAGACUAGGAAUGUGCAUAUGAGUCACAGAGCCAGUCACUGUGGAUCAUUUUCAUUUCCAGGCAUUAUCAGUGGUAUAGGAUGUCUAUGGGAAGUUGCUCUUGGUGUGUAUUUUGGUAAUACUAAGUCCUGUGGAAUAUUCAGUUUACUUUCCCCCUGCAUGUGGACACUGUUGUCGCAUGAGGAACAGACAGCAGCAGUAAAAAUAAAUAAAUUGCACUGUGCUUUGGCUAUUGUGAACAAUGCCAUUUAUGUGAAUAGGGUGUAGCUUAUGGCUUCACUGCUCACCUAUGCAGGAUAUGCUGUCCGCUCUUGAAAUGUUAUACUACUAGGAAUCAAUGUGCCUUAGAAAAUGUUUGUCAUGUUCUUAAAGAGUUUAUUUGCCCUUAAGUAUAGAAGAGAUACAGCAGACACUUUGUAAAAUGUAUGGGACAAGCUAAUUAUUUUGUUG